AUGAAUCAACAAACUAAUCAACAAUCAUCUAUUCUAAUGAAAUAUCUUAAACAACCAUGGAUACUUAUAUUCCAUAUAUGUAUUACAUUAAUUAUAUUAUUAUGUAAUACAUUAUCUAGUUGGAUUAUUAUAAAUGAUUUAAAUCAACAAUUACCUGGUUUAGUUUAUGAUCAAAUAUCAAAUAUCAUCAUUGAUUUUUUAAUUUUAUUGAAUCUGAUUGAAUUAACAUUGAAUAUAAUAGAAUUUUUAUUAUGGUUUAAUAUAAUCAGAAAAAAGUUUACAUUAUGGUUAUUAAUUGAUUGUAUUACUAUAAUAAAUAUAUUAUUCGCUGAAUUACCAUUAAUGAUAUUACAUAUUUAUAUAUAUACAUGUCAAGAAUCAAUUAUAUCGAUUGGUUAUAUAAUGAAAGGUAUAUUUCUUAUAAUAUUUAUUUAUUUACGUUUAUCGAUUUGUUUUAUAUCAUAUAUACAUAUGAAAUCGGAUGAUUCAUAUAUUAUUAAAUCAAUAAAUGAAAAUCAAUAUUUAUUAAGUAAUCGUCAUAAACAAUCUAAUCAAAUCUCUAAUGAUUUAAAAGAAAAUUUAAUAUGGAAAGAAAAAUAUUGGUUAUUAAUACGUAUAAUAUUAUGUUUAAGUUGUAUUUGUUUAAUGAUUAUAAUUUGUAUAAUAUUCAAUUUUUUCUUUCAUCAAUCAAUAUAUACUACUUAUUUAUUAUGGAAUCAAUUAAGUAGUUCAGAAUUAUUAUAUAAUUUACCUAAUCAUUAUUAUUUACAUGAUGUAGAAAUAUUUUUAAAAGAUAAUUCAAAUAAUUCUUCUAUACAAUCAAAAUGGUAUCAUUUAAUUAGUUUAAAACAAAUUUUACAUUUAAAAUUAAUUAAUGCCAAUGAAUCAGUGACAUUAAAAUUUUAUAUAAAUGGUAGAAAAAAAUUUAUUGAAUAUAAACAAACAAUUUAUUAUAGUAAUCAUACAAAAGAACAUUCUAGUUCAUGUUGGCAAAUAAUAAAUCAAGAUUUAUAUAAAGAAUUUAUUUGUCCUACUUUAUUAAAUAUUCAAACAAUUAAAUUAAUUCAUGGUAUUAAAAUUUAUUUUAUUUAUAAUGCACCAACAAAAAGACAACAAUUUGGUACUGUAUUAUAUAAUGUAACAAGAAUGAUAAAUAAUCGGUAUAAAUUUCGAGAACACGAAUUGACAUUAAAAUAUUUCCAAAACACCAUAGUUCAUUUUUCUUCUAAAAAAACGACAGAAUUACAAAGUAACCAUGAUCAUGAUGAAUGGUCAAGUGGUCCGUUUAGAUCAAACAAUCUUGAAGUUGAUGAUCAUCAGUACACAAAAUAUCGAAGUUCAGACCUUGUACCUAUUAAAGAAUUGUGGAAAACAGGUAUUGCAAAGUGUCAAAGUACGGCACCUAUAGGACCACAGAAAAUGUAA